AUGUCUACAUUCGGAGAGUUUUUCAGGGUCACCACCUACGGCGAGUCGCACUGCCGAUCUGUCGGCUGCAUUGUCGAUGGCUGCCCUCCGGGGAUGGAGCUCACCGAGGAUGACAUCCAGCCUCAGAUGACCCGCCGGCGGCCGGGACAGAGCAGCAUCACGACCCCGAGAAACGAGAAGGACAGAGUCAUGAUCCAAUCCGGCACCGAGUUCGGCGUAACCCUCGGCACGCCCAUCGGGAUGAUGGUCCUGAACGAGGACCAGCGACCAAAGGACUACGGUAACUCGACUAUGGAUCUCUUCCCACGCCCGAGCCAUGCCGACUGGACCUACCUCGAGAAAUACGGCGUCAAGGCCAGCAGUGGAGGUGGUCGAAGUAGUGCGCGAGAGACGAUAGGGAGGGUGGCAGCCGGCGCCAUCGCGGAAAAAUACCUCAAGCUAGCCUACGGUGUCGAGAUCACGGCCUUCGUGACCUCUGUCGGGAACGUACACAUGUUUCCCCCAACCGCCGAGCACCCGACGCCGAGCACCAACCCAGCCUUCCUGUCUCUGCUCCAGAGGAUAGACCGCAAAACGGUUGACCAAUUCCUGCCCGUGCGGUGCCCAGAGGAGAAAGUGUCGCGGGAGAUGGAGGAGUAUAUCGCCGGGUUCAGGGAUCGGGACGAUAGCAUCGGGGGAACGGUAACUUGCGUCAUUCGAAACGUACCCAGUGGUCUCGGCGAGCCGUGUUUCGACAAACUCGAGGCAUUGUUGGCACACGCCAUGCUUAGCAUUCCCGCCACAAAGGGUUUCGAGGUCGGCUCCGGCUUUGGGGGCUGCGAGAUCCCCGGCUCGGUCCACAACGAUCCCUUUAUCCCCGCUGCUCCCGACAGCCACCUGCCGACUAACGUUGUCACAAGCGGUGCCUCGCGAGCAGGGAUACCGAGGCCGAAGUUGACCACCAAGACCAAUUUCUCCGGCGGUAUCCAAGGCGGCAUUUCCAAUGGCGCACCGAUCUACUUCAGGGUGGCCUUCAAGCCGCCGGCGACGAUCGGGAAAGAGCAGGCGACGGCGACCUACGACGGCGACUCCGAGGGCAUCCUUGCCGCCAAGGGCAGACACGACCCCUGUGUUGUCCCGCGCGCGGUGCCCAUUGUGGAAGCCAUGGCUGCCCUGGUUCUGAUGGACGCGGUUUUGGCGCAGCAGGCACGGCACACGGCCAAGAGCCUCUUGCCACCUCUGAAGCAGACGAUCAACUCGGAGAAGCCGGUCGGUAACGGGGUUUCGGAAGAUAUAUCCAAGGCCUAG